AUGUUUGACGAAACUCGCGCCUUUAUAGCGGCGCAAAUCAAGGGUGCCAAACCCGCCUUUGUAGGGAAAAAACCACACUUUAACUUCAUUACCGUCCAUUACUUUUGGAUUAUUUCCGCAACAUUGCUUUGUGCCAUUCUCAUAUAUGCUGGCGGCAAAGGAGAACUCCACUUCAUAGAUGCUCUCAUGUUCGGUAGUGGUGCAAAUACCCAGGCCGGACUCAAUCCUGUUGAUCUCAACAAUCUCAACGGAUUUCAACUAUCGUGGAUUUACACCUUUUCUUUAUUCUCAAAUCCCAUCACACUACAUUCAUGCGUUGUGUUCCUCAGGCUUUACUGGUUUGAGAAACGUUUCCAGCACUGGGUUCAGGAAGCUCGAUUGCGCCGCCGAACCCUCAGCAAAUCCAAGUCCAAGGCACGAAAUGAUUUAAGCCAGCUUGAAAGUGGCCUCGGUGUGAAUGGGAGAAACAUUACCAUUGUGCCGCAUGGCGAUAAGGCAAACCGAAUCACCAAUGAUGGUAUUCUUCUAGACCAGAUACCAGAGGUCGAUCCUAAACCAAUUGCGAAAAGCGAUGAAAGCGAUACGACUACAGUGUCUGACGAUCUGCACAAGAGUGUUGACCUUGAUGACAUUGGCCCUCUAGAUCAGCCCAGUAAGAAAGACGCAUCGCACGCGAUUCCGGAUGAAAAUGACUCUGCGCCUGGGCCCCCACCAGAAAACCCCCCUCACCUCACAACGGCCAUUACAUUUGCCGACACUGUUAAGAGAAGUGAUGGCGUGGGCAGCGACCCUACUAAAUUUCCCCAACGACGCCCCAAUGCGGAACACAUCGCCAUCCUUGAGAGACAGCGAAACCAAGACAAUGAAGUCCUUCGCAUCCCUGGUCCACGAGAAACGGAAAGAGGACUAGGACCUCGCCGCCUCGAAGAGGAUGAUCAACAGGAAGACGAAGAUCGGCCAAUUGCUCGUCAGAUGACCGCUCAAUCUCGUGAUGAGCCCAGUGGCAUCUAUGGCCGACAACCAACCAUCACAAUUGCCGAGCCCGAGCAUCACAAGCGGGACGAACUUAAAGAUGAUGUUGCAGCCGCAGGCAACGUCGUUGAUAGCUUGAGGUUCCGAAAGCCACGCUUUUUCAACCGGUCACAGGAUAAGAUACACGAAGAUGGCGAGGAAUCCAGACACACCAGGUCAAGGACUCCACAUCCACACCCUGUGCGAACUAAAACUAUGGAUACUAUUCGCUCUGUCUUGACUCGGGACAAGGCGGAUGACAUGCCGUAUCUCAGUUAUACGCCCACCAUGGGACGUAACUCAAAUUUCCUCGGCCUCACCCUAGAACAGCGUGAGGAGCUUGGCGGCAUCGAAUAUCGAGCAUUGAGAACCUUGGCAUUGGUGUUGAUAUUUUACUUUUUCAUCUUCCACGUUUUGGGUGUCGUCUGUCUGCUUCCUUACAUCCUUCUCAACCAGCAUUACGGAGCCGUUCUCGAGGCUGACGACAUUGGCAAGACGUGGUGGGCGUUUUGGACCUCCAACAUGGCCUUUAUGGAUGUGGGAUUUACCCUGACUCCUGACAGCAUGAACUCAUUUGCAACUUCCGAAUGGGUCUUGAUGUCCAUGUGGUUCUUCAUCAUUAUCGGAAACACUGGCUUCCCGGUCAUGCUGCGCUUCAUGAUUUGGGUCGCUUCUAAACUUACGCCCCGUGGCACUGGCCUCUGGGAAGAGUUUAGGUUUUUGCUUGACCACCCUCGUCGGUGCUUUACUUUGCUUUUUCCAUCUAAUGCCAAUUGGUGGUUGUUCUGGAUCCUCAUCUUGCUUAACGUUAUCGACCUUGUAUUCUUUAUUGUCCUCGAUCUCGGAGCAGAACCCAUCACGGCAUAUCCUCUCAAAAACCGAGUUGUCAUUGGUCUCUUCCAAGCUGCCUCAACCCGAACCGCAGGCUUCUCGGCAGUCAGCAUGUCUGAACUUCACCCUGCCAUGCCGGUUCUAUAUAUGAUAAUGAUGUAUAUAUCCGUGUUUCCCAUCGCCAUUUCUAUCCGACGAACAAAUGUCUACGAGGAGAGAUCCCUAGGCGUGUACCAUGAUCGAAGCAACGAGGACGAUUCCGAAGCAAGCGCUCUUGAUUAUGUGGGGACUCAUUUGCGACGCCAGCUCUCUUUCGACUUGUGGUAUGUCUUUUUGGGCUUCUUUCUUAUCGCCAUUACAGAAGGUGGCAAGAUCGUUGGAGGUCGGUUUGACUUGUUUGCUGUUCUUUUUGAAAUUGUCAGUGCCUACGGAACCGUGGGCCUGAGCAUGGGUGUACCAAAUGUCAACGCCUCUCUCUGCUCACAAUUUUCCGUUGUCGGCAAGCUGAUCAUCGUGGCCAUGCAAAUACGUGGUCGCCAUCGUGGUCUGCCAUACGGUCUUGAUCGCGCUGUAAUCCUCCCGAGCGAGGCUCGCUUGAAAAGGGAACAAGAGGAAUCCGAGGCCGCCCUCGCGCGGACAAACACUGCAGUGUCGACUGGCGCCACCACAGGGUUGCAGCGGCAGGCGACUACAGGACGAAGCCGCAGCAGAAGUCGUGACCGGGCUAACAGCAGCCUUCUAACACAACUGCUGCACCCGGGACCCGUCGUUCCGCAAGAUCAAUUUUUGCGAUGUCAAGCUACGACUUCCCACACAAGCCGAGACGGAUAG